UGAUAUUCAAAGAACGGAUUUUAGUUUUUAGUCUAAUAACAAGCAUUUCCACUUGAACCAUGCCGAAGCACGCUAUAGUAUUCGUGCUAUUUAUUUUAAACUCUGCAUUAGCAGAAGAGUUUCUCGACAAACCAACUACCGAGAUACUAGAAGGGGUCCCGGGGAACUUCCAAGAGUUACGAGGUGAUGAAGUGGAAAACACCGAAAAUGGCAGCGAAUUAAGUCCAACGAUCAAACUGCUACCCGAAAAUGAUAUAAUACCAGAAGAAUACAGCGCAUGGAAUCCAGAAACUGCGGCGCAGAAUUUCAUACCGUAUCCAUACGCGCGGCCAGUGCCUCUAAACUUUUUGCCCGUGCCCCCGAAUCGCCUACAAAGGACUCUGAGAAGUGACGAAGACGAUCUAUGGGAUGAGGUGGAGCAGGAUGCUGUCAUGCAUAACGUUUUGCCAAUUAUGCCGGCGCCGUACUUCAGAAGUUCCCAAAGUGUGCCACCGACUGUGGCUUUUUUUCCUACUGCGAUGGGUAACUGUGCUGUUCCUAUACUUGUGAGCUGCUCUGCGCAAAUAACUCGAGGAACCAUUGGCGGGAGCGGUCGAAGCGUCCCAGUAUCAUUUUUAGUCGAGAAAAAUAAAUAGAAUCACAGUGCAGUAUCAAAAAAAGUGUGUAUUUGUCAUCUUUAAUAAAAUUGUGAUUUAGUGUUUGUGCAUUGAAUAAAUUUCCUUUUAAUUA